AUGCUUUAUAGCACCCUAUCCAGCGGAAACUUCACGAUCCCACGUAUCAACGCAUUUGAUGAAGUUGAACUAACAGCCCUCUUCACAGUCACCAGCACCUUCGCCUCCUGGACGCAGCGCCGAACCUUCCUCGACGCGUUGGGCCUGCCAUUUUUAAACCGCAAAACCGAGCAGCCGAUCGCAACGAUCCUGCCAAAGAGAAGAUCCGGUACCGGAGAAGAUAAAUUUGACGUGCAUCUGCAUCUUAGAGGUGACGCUGCGGAUGCGGCCGAGGAGAGAGAGCCUGUCUUUGAAGUCCGGGGCCAGGACGCGUUUAAGUUAAGUACGCAUAUGUUUCAUCGGAAGACGGGGAAAUGCGUUAUGAGUGUUAGGUUUGAGAAGAGGAGUAUAUUUGCUGGGUAUGUGGUGUUGUUUAGGAGGCCUGAGUGGGAGGUUAUUGCCGCGGAGGGGAUGGAUGUUUUAUUGGCCUCGGUCAUCACGGUCCUUCUGGCUAUGAUCCUGUACAAAAAUAGCAAAUAG